UCGACAGAGCAUAAAAACAUGUCGGAGAAAAAGUUGUAUCCAGUUGAUUAUAGCAUUAUAGUUACCUUAUUUUAAAGUAACAUGAGCUAGUAGUUUUUCCUAGCUAGCUUUGAGCUUCCUGAACUACCAUUACCAACCAUAACUAGCACUAACGUAGCAGUAGUUCACGUCGUCACUGACUUCAACUUCAAUGACUACGGCUUUUUCCAGACCAGUUGGUGCAGAUUUUAUCGGCCAGGGGAGGCGCUCUGAGGCCCAGAAAAAACGCUGGCAGAAGUUCCGACUUCGGACAGGUCCAACACAAGGUCAGCCGUCAUUUGCCCAGGAUGAGUGGAGUGAGACACAAAUGCAGAUGGAUCUCGGACGGCCCUUUGCUGAGCCCCACCUGAUGGACUUGAGCAUGGUGGAGACAAAAGAUAUAAAAGAGGAGGACUAUGGUCAUAUGAUUCCAUGCGUAGAUGAAGAUGAACAAGACGAAGAAGAAAAGCCCUUUGCAGAGUUAAACUGUAAGACUGAAAUGGACGUCGCAGAAUACAACAUUACUUACAGCGAGCCACUACAGACAACAGCGGAGAUUGAGGUGAAGAUCGAAGACGAGGAUGAGCAUCUACAAGAGUCCAAUUUUCUGCAAGAACGUGUAUCAGAACACCUGGACUGUAUCCAACAAAAGAUCUAUGAACAGAAUUAUGAACUCAACCUACAGCUCAAAGGAAGUCUGUACCACUGUGCAGUCUGCAGGAAGAGUUUCACAGCCCUGAAAGUACUCAAGAAACACCAGAAGAUGCACUCAGUUAAGGUGAACGAAAAGAAGAACUCUGGCAAAAAACAGCAUAAAUGUCCUCAUUGUGAAGAGAUACUUAGGACAGCCAGAAAUCUUAAAUCCCACAUGCUUAAACAUGCUUACUCAAAGAAUUACAAAUGUCCCCAGUGUGGAAAAGACUUUGCAAGAUCCAAUGAUCUUAAACGUCACAUGCUGUCGCAUGCUGGUGAGAUGAAAUGUGCCCAGUGUGGAAAAACAUUUCUGCACCCUUCAAAACUUAAAAACCAUAUGCUAACUCACACUGGCGAGAGGCCUCAUGAAUGUGCCCAGUGUGGAGGAGGUUUUAUACAAAUGUCAAAUCUUAAAACCCACAUGCUAAUACACACUGGAGAGAAGCCUCAUACAUGUGUCCAGUGUGGAAGAGGUUUUAUACAAAAUUCAAAUCUUAAAACCCACAUGCUAACACACACUGGAGAGAAGCCUCAUAAAUGUGUCCAGUGUGGAAGAGGUUUUAUACAAAUUACAAAUCUUAAACGCCACAUGCUAAUACACACCGGAGAGAAGCCUCAUAAAUGUGUCCACUGUGGAAAAGCUUUUGCUCAAUCUUCAAAUCUUAGUAGCCAUGUGCUAAUGAUCCACACUGGUAAUAAGCCACAACUAGAAAGCAGUCAAUGUCAAACACCAAAUCUCCCACUUGGUGGUGCUACAACAUAAAUAAACCUCUGAGGUUCGCCUACAGAAAAGCUAGCUAUGGCAAGUUGUAUUGUAGGUCUGGGGUAGCAAAGAUCAAAGUGUGCCGUACCAAAGUUCACAAUUUCAGAAGUCUAUGAGUCACAAUGGGCUGGAAGUGGAAGCUAAUAUGUGAAUGUUAACAUAUAGUACAUGCUAGCAUAUUCUUGAUGGAAGCCAUUUAUAUCGGAGAGCGCACUCUUAAUUUUACUGUUGAAUGAACCGAGUAGCACAUGAAAUAUGUUGUGAAACACACACAAGGAAAAAAAUACACAAGGUGAAAUAACAUCAAUGUUAGUGGAAAAUGUAAGCAAACAAUGUAAGUGUUUUUUGUUGACUUGAUAAAAAAAAAGAUAUGUGAUUAGCCUGACAUGAUUAUUUUUGUUUGUGUUUGCCAAUAUAAUUUAAUUGAGUGUUAAUGAUGCCCUAUGUUUUUUCACAGAAAAUAAAGAGAGGAAACA